CCUCAUGGUUCCUAGUCAGAUUCCUUAACCUGAGCCACGACGGGAACUCCCAGCACAUCUAACACUCUAAGGGAAAAUAAUGACUUGUUUCCCAUUUUCAAAUAUUAUUUGAUCCACUGAAUCCUUUAAAAUAUCUUACCAAUUGUGCAUACACUAAUACCAAUAUGUUAAAAAUAUUUUAAAGAUUUUUUUAUAGAAGGUUUCGAUUCAGGGCAAACCUGAGAGUAAGAUACAGAAAUUUCCCACAAACCUCUUUCUCCCGCAGAGGCAUAGCCUCCCUCAUUAUCAUCAUCCACCAUCACAGUGGCGCCUUUGUUACCAGUAAUGAAUCACUGACACUUAAAUAUUUAAAGUCCAUAUUUUAACUUAGUUUGCUUUUAGGAAUGAGCAAUUUAUGGUUUUGUACGAUCAUAAAAUGUCAUGGAUCCAAUAUUAUACUUUUCCACAGAUUAUUUUCAUUGUCCCAAAAAUCCACUAGACUGAAGAUAUUCAUAGCCCGUCCUUUGCAAACCCCUGAAUCCAUCAAAAAAUUUUACUGUCUUACACUAAACUAUGUCUUUAGAAAGAAUCAUACUGUUGACACCAUAUAUUAUGUAGCCUUUAUAUAUUGGUUUGUUCCACUUAGCAAGAUGCAUGUAAGGAGCUUUCAUAUAGUUUCACACUAUGAUAACUUCCUUUUAUGAUGCUUAGUGGAGCAAACAGUCAAACAAAUCCUGUGUAAUACCAAGAGUUAUAUUAGAAGAAAAGAAACAAAGAAAGAAGAAGGAAGGAAAGAAGGAAAGAAGGAGGAAGGAAGGAAGGGUCUUUGCCUUUCCAAAACUUACUUUGAAUAUUAACUAUUGCCUUUCAUCAUCCAUCAAGAAAAGAAUAGGCACCAUUGUGGAGAAGUGCCAAAAUGAUUUUUGGAAAUAAGCAGGAAUGCUUGACAGUUGUAAAAGUAAAAUUAGGACUUAAGUAAAACUACUACUUUAUAUAUGUUAUGUAAAAAUUAUAUAUAUAUAUAACAUAGAGUAGACAUAUGGUAGAUAAAGUUAAUAAAAAUAUAUUCAAGAGUGAUAUAUUUACAACCUUAAAGACACCAUUAUAACAGAUUACUGUUUAAAACUAGAAUGUCUUGCAGUGCAGACACUGGAAUUAGAAGGGAACCUACCCCCCCACCCAUUAAAUACCUCUCUCUGUACACUAUUAUCAGGGACACAUUAAUCGACCAGAUGGACACCUGAGUUGACUCCAUAGACUGUAAGAGUUCAAAUGGGUAAAGAGAAAGAAAUGCUUAUACGAAAUCAACAAAUUAAAAAUGAUAACGAAGAAGAAAGCAACAAAAAAUAUCUUCAAGAGUAUUGUGGUGUGCUGGAGCUAAAACAAAGAAGGAAAAUAAUGAGAAAUUACACUGAAGUAACAGAGUUUAUUCUUCUUGGAUUGACGGAUGAUCCGCAGUGGCAGGCUGUACUCUUCACAUUCCUGCUUGUUACCUACAUGCUGAGUGUGACCGGGAACCUGACCAUCAUCGCCCUCACCCUUUCAGACCCCCAUCUGCAGACGCCAAUGUACUUCUUCCUUCGGAACUUCGCAUUCCUAGAAAUAUCCUUCACGUCUGUCUGCAUUCCCAGAUUCCUUGUCACUCUCGUGACGGGGGACAGAACCAUUUCUUAUGAUGGUUGUGUGGCGCAGCUGUUUUUCUUCAUCUUCUUGGGGGUGACAGAAUUUUACCUCCUGGCCGCCAUGUCCUAUGACCGCUACGUGGCCAUCUGCAAACCUCUCCAUUAUACCAUCAUCAUGAGCAGCAGAGUCUGUGCACUUCUUGUCUUCAGCUCAUGGCUUGCAGGAUUCCUGAUCAUCUUUCCACCAAUAAUCCUGCUGCUGCAGUUGGAGUUCUGUGCCUCCAAUAUAAUUGAUCAUUUCAUCUGUGAUGCUUCUCCAAUUCUGCAGCUGUCCUGCUCCAGCACUCGCCUUCUAGAACUCAUGGCAUUUUUUUUAGCUGUGGUCACACUCAUGGUCACGCUAACACUAGUUAUUCUCUCCUACACAUAUAUCGUCCGGACGAUUCUGAGACUUCCUUCCACAAGUCAAAGGAAAAAAGCCUUUUCCACAUGCUCCUCCCACAUGAUAGUUGUCUCCCUCUCUUAUGGCAGCUGCAUCUUCAUGUACAUUAAGCCUUCGGCAAGGGAAAGGGUGACUUUAAGCAAAGGAGUGGCUGUGCUCAAUACCUCAGUGGUCCCUCUUUUGAAUCCUUUUAUAUACACUCUACGAAAUCAGCAAGUGAAGCAAGCCUUCAGGAACAUGGUCCAGAGAAGGGCCUUUUCUUCAAACCAAUGAAUAUUUUUUAAAGCACCUCUCGAAACAAAGCGAAAUGAAAAACUCUUUCUCUGCAUAAAUUCUUUCAACACUUCAUUUCGCUUUCAGUUAGAUAUAGUUAUAAAUCAUCAAUGACUCUUACUAGCCUAAAACAAUGUCUUAGCUAUUUAAAGUUAUAUAGAGAAGAUCAAUGUUUACUUUGUAACAAAAGUGUAGAUGUCAGCAAUCUCCAUUGUUUCUCAUUUCAAAGCAAGGUAAAUUAUAGUUUCGUGCAAAAACAGUGUGUUAUAAGAUGCUUACUAAAACCAUGUACAAAAAUAAAAUUUAUUUCAUACUAAAUAAAAAUAUGUACCUUAAUUAAUAACUAUAAAAUUUCUUCUUCUGCGGCACCAAGAAAACAUGUCAUGAAGUUUAAAGCAUUAUUGAAAUAUAUCCUUAACUUGUCAAUAACAUAUAAUCAAAAGGUGUUGAAAAAUUUAAUAGAAAUUUAAGAUAAAAUGUGCUGUGAUAAUUAUUCCUUGAAAUGAGACUGUAUCAACUUUUGUAUUAGUUUUCCUAGAAAAUAAGAGCAGUUUUUGUGCAACAGAGGAGGUUUAAUUUAUCUUUUUCCUUUGGUAAUGCUUUGUUUUUAAAAAGAUAGAUUAUUUGACUAAAGAUUUCCCUCUUUAUACCAGCCAUAUUAGAAAAGGAAGACCAUGGUUUAUGAAGGCAAAUCAAGCCAUCACUUAAUAUUCAUAUUUAUAUCCAUACUCUUUCAAAUAAUACAAAAAUUGUGUUGCAAACAGACAUGGGCAAAAUGACAAACAGAAUCUAGAAUGGUGUGAGAAAUUGAGAGUCUAGAGAGUAUCUUGGAAAUGAUGCUAUAGAAAGUAUUUAUGCUUUUGUUUUCCUUUAUUAGCAAAUCUACAAUACUGUCUCUGUCUUUCCAUUGUCUCUUUCACAAAAGGGUCUACCUCCCUCACUCUUAUCUAAGAGCAUGACCCUGGGAGGUAGUAUUUGAUUAUUGGAAAGAAUGUGCCCAAGCCUACUUCCUAUAGUUAAUGAGGCAGUAACAAAAACUAAAACCAUGUGCAAGCAUUUUGAACAAUAUUAUGAUAUCAGGUGAGCAAUGUUGUGGAAUGGAUUGAGAUACAUCAAUUUAUCUCUUCGAAACCUAGCUCUUAGUCAUACUUGGGGGUGAACUUAUUAUUCUGAAAGACGGAAUCUCAUGCAGCCUCUCUGCACAUUUAAAAAAGUCAUUAUGGUCACCUGUUGAAGGGCCCUAAAAAAAAGAGUAUUUUAAAUUAAUAUGAAUGACUUGGUAUAAAAUGGCAUGUGCAUCACCAAAUUAAUGGGCAGAAAUGAGAAGCAGAGAAGAGGUUAUCAUGGAGUAAAGACCUUUCUCUAGAACUGCUUGAUUUCUUAUGUUGCUGCUUCUUAUUUCUUUAAAAUACCAAGGAGUUCUCUUGUGUCAUAGUGGCUUAAGUAUCCAGUAUUAUCACUGAGGCAGCCUGGGUUGCUGCUAUAGUGCGGGCUUGAUCCCUGGCCUGGAAACUUCCAUAUGGCAUAAAUAAAACAAGAUAAAAUAAAAUACUGAGUAAAAAAGAAAAUUAUCUCUACCAAUGAAAAAGUCUUCCACAAA